CUCUCUUAUGUUAUUCGAAUUUGAUCGUCGUGUCAGGGAAAAAGUUUCAUUGUACAUAACCUAACAAAAGUUUGUUCCCGUCUUUUUUGAUCCAGUAUACGAUAUCGUAAUAUAUUAGAAAUACAUGUCGUCGAUUAAUGAAAUUCUACAACGUUUGAUUAAUUACAGAACAUUGAAUAACAUAUUGCAUCAAUAUACAAAACGAAGAAUUAACGAUAAUAGAAAAUUUUGUUCAAUAUACAACGAUUCCUCGAUGAAACGAACGAAAAGAAUUAAUACUGCUGAUAAUAAAAUUAAUCACAAUGAAAGUGAUAUUUGUGAAACAGCUAUGGUUACGAAAACGGAACAGAAUUUUGUCGAGGUACUUCAACCUAAGGAUAAGGAAAUUAAAAGAUCUAAAAUAAAUUUGAAAGUAUUGCGAAAUGAAAAUGAUAAAUCUUUAGAUACGAUUAAAUUAAAGGAUUUUGAGGGAAAGAAAGAAAUCGUAGAAAUAUCACAUACGGAUAAUAAAAAUGUUACAAGGAAAAAAAUAAGAGCGAUAGUGGAUUUGAAAAUGAUGCAAGAGGAAUUAAAACAAUUAGAGGAUCCACCUGUUACACCUUGGGAAAAAGAAAUAUCUUCGUCUCGGCUUCCAUUUGAAUUUUUUGAUACACCUUGCGAACAACUUGCUCAACAUCUUUUAGGAAAAGUACUUGUUCGUCGCUUAGAAAAUGGGACGAUAUUAAAAGGUAGAAUUGUAGAAACUGAAGGUUAUUUAGGUGCAGUUGAUAAAGCUUCUCAUUCUUAUCAAAAUAAAGUUACACCUCGUAAUAUACCAAUGUAUAUGUCACCUGGCACAAUUUAUAUAUAUAUGACUUAUGGGAUGUACUAUUGUUUCAAUAUAUCAAGUCAAGAAUAUCUUGGUAAGAUUUUAGGUGAUGGCAGUGCUGUGCUGAUAAGAGCUCUUGAUCCUUUAGAAGGCACUGAGUACAUGAGUAAUCAGCGAAUCUUGAAAAAAAAAUCAAAUAUGUCUAAAGGAACUAUUAAAGACUUAAAAGUACAUGAAUUGUGUAAUGGACCGUCAAAACUUUGUAUGUCUUUCCAAUUGCAUAAAAGUCAUAAUAAAUAUUCACUGUGUACAUGGAAAGGUCUUUGGAUAGAAGAUGAUUCAUUUCAAGAAAAAAUCAAAAUUGUUAAGUGCGCAAGAAUAGGUAUCGAUAGCUGUGGUCCUGAAUGGUCGAACAAACCCUUACGUUAUUAUAUUUAUGGAAAUAAAUCUGUUAGUAAACGUAAUAAAAAAGCAGAAGCAUUUAUAACAAAUACCUAGAAGAUUAAUUUUAAUAAUAUGUGGAAAAUUUGAAAUUAAUAUCACUUAAAUAUAAGAUUUUUAUCUCUUUGCAUUGUUUCAUGUUAAAAAUUAUAAUACCUGCAUUAAGUACAGAGGUAGACUUUUAUACAUUUAUACUAAUUUAUUCCUGGCCAAAAAAAAAAAAAAACAAAACAAAACAAAAAAAAAAGAAAUAUACGCAGUAUACAAAUAAAUUGCAAAUCGGGUUUAAAAA